AUGGAGUCUCGUGGGGUUUCUCGUCACAUGGCUUGUAAGUCCUGUCGCGAUCGCAAAGUUCGAUGUGAUGGCGACCAGCCGGUUUGUGAGAAAUGCCGUCAGAUAGGCGAAGAGUGUGUCUAUCUUCAAUCCUACCGGCCAACAAAGGCUGAUCUCAGCAAUAUGGUGGGAAAAUUACAGCAACGUCUUGAGAGGGCUGAGGUACAGCUGUACAAAAUCGACACCCAAGCAAACCGGGCCCAAUAUCCUUUCAAUGUUGCGGCCGGAGUAGUUCGGCCUCUACCGACUAACCCGUUUGUGAUGUGUCCAGAGGUCUCAGGAUCUUCAUCAGGCCAGAUAAACUUUCCAGGAUAUCACUCAUCAGGGACAACAACAACCCCUGGGUUGGCUGAAAAUGAGUCUCUCGGCUAUCAUGCGGCAGGCACUUGGCCGGCUAUAAUCAAUGAUUUGGGACAGCCCCAAGUUGAGAAUGCAGACAUGCCGGACAGCACCAGAAGCGGCGUUGAUGGUCGAAUACCAAGCCUCCAGGAGCUUAGACAAUUAAACUCAGUCCCGACCCCUGGUUCAUUUAAUAAUUACCACUGGUCUCCACCAAUACAGGGCUCUCAACCCUUUCAGAAAGGAGCAGAAAGUUUUGCUCUUCCUACAGAAGUCACGAACCUAUUCGCCGAUAUAAUCACCACCCAAGCAAAGAUAGCAGGCAUCUCAUCCGUCGUUGCUGAAUAUCUAGCAUGGGUUCGCCGGGCCCCCAAAUCGGACAGCAUUGAACUACUUCAGACACUGGAGGAUCGCAUUCGAGAAAUACACGCAUUGGCUAAAACCAAGGAUUGGGGAACCUUGCCAAUGAUGCCAGAUCCUACAAACCGGCUGGACUCAGCAAUAAGAUCAUAUCUGGGCGAUCUAGGAGAAGAGGUGUCAAACAUCACGUUUGAUCUUGACAGAUUUUUCACAAACAAAUAUUGUGUGGAUAAAACCCUGUACGAUCAAUACCGGCCAUCAAGUAGAGGAGGAGGGCGAACUCCCGCCAACACAACCAUGAUCCUUGAAGCUCAUCAAGACGCUUGGAAACAGGGCUACUGA